GUAGACGCGGCAAAACCCUUAGAAUUAACCUUAUUAUUUUUGUCAAUCAAAACUUAUUCACCAAAGUAAACGUCCCCUUAACUGGAAAAAUGGCGGCGGCGAUCGGAUGGUACGGACCGCUGAUUGAUAUCUGCAAAGCAUCUUCUUAUAUUGGGGAUUUUGUACAGCUCGUAGCCUUGGUUCACAAAUUCACUCCUAUACAGUAUAAAAUUUCUGGCAGUAGAGGAGAGGUGGUCAGGGUGGAUGUUCUGGUGGGGGAUGAAACGAGGUCGUAUUUUCCGGUGACCGUUUGGCAGAAGCAGAUGAGGUCCCAAAUUGCAGUUGGGCAUGUUUUUCUGCUGCAAAAUCUCAAAAUCACAAGAUAUGGAGAUACUGUUGAAGCUAUGGCUGUACAUUGUUCAUCUUUGAAAUGUUUACUUGAGCCAGAUGACUUUGUUGCACCCAAAGGUUUGGAUAAGUUGAUAGGAGAGAGUCGCUUGGGGAUCACUGUCAAGGACAAGCUCCAGAAAGUUGGUGGCUGGCUGCAGCGAGCUAAUCUUGCUCACUGUGGCAGUAUAUUGAAUUACAAUGAAUGCAGGAUGCAAGUGAAAGUAAACUGGAAAUUGCAUCAAGAGAUUUGUACCCAGGAUUGCUCCUCUCUGUCAGAUUUAUGCCAGUGUGAGGACUCUUGCAAGGCAAGUUUUCACGCAUCUGUUGGCGAAAUAUUUUUGCCAAAUCUUCGAGAGCCUGAAGCCGAGAGGAUGUUUAUUAGUAGGCGGCUACAUUCGCUAGGUGAGAAUAGUUUGGUUGACGAUCUCAUAACUACUGGCUGUCAGCUAUGUGGUACCCCAGUGAAUGGCAGACUUGGGUCAGAUGUAGGGCAAAACACCAUUCCCUUAUAUUGCCAAAGAAGCUCAGACCGUCUCCAUAUAAUAGGGACCAUAUAUAGACCUUUCUUGUUAUACGUGUGGGAUGACUCCAAAUACCUUCCGAUUUCUGUGACCAACAAAGCGGCUCAACUUCUGUUCGGUAACAUCCCUGCUGAGAAAGUUCUUUCCUCCUAUAAACUUCAUCGGCCUCCUCCAAGCGAUACUGGAUCCAAGAAGGAUCAUAGGAAAGAGCUCAGUAAUAAAAACCCAAAUUUCUACACGAUUUGGUUGAUUUUGUUGCGCAUGGUGUUUCAACAUGGAAAGAACAGCCCUUUCAAAUUUAAAGUGACACUUGAUACCAAUAGGGACUGGGAAAAUGGGAGGCUUGAGAUGGUAUCAGUCUCGCUUCCUGCUUUUACAGGAAAGCCCUCCGUACAAAAUCAAGCCCGGUAGCUCGAGCCUUGUAUACGAACUAUUCUGUAGUGUAUUAUACACAAUAUUGCUGCUGUGAACAAAUCAUUAUACUGCUAAACUGUAAUACAUUCAACAAUUUUGAUCCA